AAAUAUUACUCCAAUUUACAAUUAUAUGGUGGAUAUUCAGAUAUUUUAUCCAGUUGUAUCAAGAGCAAGUCUACUGGUCCAGUAGUCCUCAUUACGGUAGCUUGGGACCUCCUUUUCUAUAUCUCUCUCUUUACUCUUCGUCACAAGUUUUCUAUAUAGUUUUCUCUACCUCACAUCUACUUUUUUUUCAUUGCAUUCUCCAACUCCAAAAUCAUCAGUUGUAUAUUAUUUGUCCUCUUUCACUUUCAAAUACCAAUGGAUAACACCAACCGUCUUCGUCACCUUCGCAGUCGUAAGCAAUCCAAGUUCACUCUAGGGGAUACCGCAGAGGUAAAUAGUGUGAAAUGGGAGUUUAUCAAUAUGACGGAACAAGAAGAAGAUCUCAUCUUUCGAAUGCACAGACUUGUUGGUGAUAGGUGAACUCCUUUGUCCGUCAUAUCAGCCGUCUUAGAAGCUCGUAUGUGCCCAAUACUCUCAGGACCAGCCCUGAGCUCGUAUGCAUUAAUUACUGAUCUGGUUUUAAAAUUUGUAUAUAUACGUACAUAGCCAUAUGGGAUACUUCAAAUGUAUGAUUUUGUCUCGACAGCUUUUACAAGUUUAGUCGAAGUGACCAGACAACAGCUGCAAUCCGAAAGCAUGUUUCAAUGAAGUCGUUCUAGUCCAUGACUGAAAAUUUGUUAUACUGAAUGUUGUCGAUAACUUUCCUUUUGUUAACGAAUGCUUGUCGAUAAAUUUAUAUAUAUCCAGUAUUAUGAUC